UCCCAUCCCCCUUUUAAAUUCUCACACCCUACACGGCUACGCAGAAACAGCACACACAGCGAGCCAAACUCAACCAAGCACCACCGAGCGAGCUGCGGGAGAAAAAGGAGAGGAGGCGGCCAGAGCAAGAGAAACACAGCCGCCACCCACCCGGAGGGAAUAGGAGAGGGAGGUAGGGAGAGGCAGCCGCGCGCGGUAAUGGGCAACAGCAUCGGCGGCCGCCGCAAGGGCGCCAAGGUGAUGAAGCUGGACGGCACGGCGUUCCGGGUGAAGCCGCCAGCUUUCGCGGGCACGGUGCUGUGCGACCACCCGGGGUUCCAGCUCCUCGAGUCCGAGGAGGUCAAGCUGCUCGGCGUCCGCGCCCGCCCGCUCGCGCACGACGCGCCGCUCCGGCCUGGGCGGCUCUACUUCCUAGUGGCGCUGCCCCGCCCCGCCGCGCCGCCGCGCCGCGCGUGGUCUGGCGCACUCCACGUCGGCGCGCGCGAGCGGCUCGAGUCGCUCAUGCUCACCCGCCGGUCCACCUCCGACCUCUCCCUCCCGGCCUCCGCCACCGCCACGGCGCCGGCCUCCCCGCUCUCCACCGCCUCCGAGGGCGGGCCGGUCCGGCUCAGGAUGCGCCUGCCCAAGGCGCAGGUCGAGAUGCUCAUGGCAGAGAGCCGGGACGGCGCCGAAGCAGCCGCCAGGAUCAUGCAGCUCUGCGCCGCCAACGCCGGCAGCGGCGCGGCCACGUCGGAUAGGGGGAUACUGCGGACGCCGGAGCGGAGCCCGCGGUUCGUGCCCACGCCGGACUGGGGCGUCGGUGGGUUCCCGCAGACGCCAGAGCGGAGCCCGCGGUUCGCGGCGACGCCCGACUGGGGGACCGGGUUCAUGAUGCCGGCAGGCUCUGGGACGGCGCCAAGGACGCCAGACAGGUGGCCCACGCUGCCCCGCACGCCGGAGUACGCGUCGCCGGACGUCAAGGCCAGCCGGAAAGAGGCAAUGAACAACGGCUGUCGUCUGCAGGGUUAAGAUUAGGGGUUUCAGGAUUUAGGGAGUCUUCUAUGGCUGCCGGAUUUAGAAGAGGCUCCAGGGAGAUAGGUAGGCUAGGCGGAGGAGGCGAGCGAGGAAGCAUAGCGGCAAGGUAAAGGGGACACUGCCGGUCACGAGCGAGAGGAUAGACAGCUGGUGGGCUGGUGUCAGGAUGGGAGAGCUAAAAAACGGAGAGGUUAGCGUGGCGGGGCCGGAGGCCGUGGAUCAGGGGGCAUCCCGUUGCCGGAGACAGUGGAGGAGGGCGGUAGGUGAGGGCGAGCGAAAAAAGGGCGGAAGCAGAAGAAGACGACGACAACUGGACGCUUCGAUUUCAAUUGGACAGUUGAAAUCUUUUGCCGGAAGCAAAUGCCGUUUUCAUACGCUGAAAAAUAGCUCUCUUACUUUGCUUUUAUUUUCCCUGCUUAGUUUUGGACCAAUCAUUUUCCCUUAAUGAGUGUUCAGAUUAACAAACGGUUUGAAACGCAUUAUCCGUCGUUUUUGCUGACGGCUAAUCUGAUCUAUGUGUG